UAUUUUGGCGUUGUAAAAACCGCUGAAAUAUUUAGGCAGCCAUUGUCACUAAUGUCAACAAGCAACUGUCAAAACUGUCCAAAAAAACACUCGCAUCUUCAGUAGAUCAUCAUGGCAACAGAAGGCCUGUGGGAAGACAGGGAUGUCAGAUUCGAUAUAAGUGGAAAUCAGAUGAAGAUGAGACCUGGUGAAAAGUUGAUAGACAAAAUGGAUGCUGUUGAAGACACCAAGGGAAAUAAUGGAGAAAGAGGGCGGCUGGUUGUGACCAAUCUUCGCCUGAUCUGGCAUUCACUGUCCAUGCCAAGAGUAAAUCUAUCUAUAGGAUUCAAUUGUGUUGUAAACACAACCAUCAAGACUGCUCAGUCGAAACUGCGGGGUACAACAGAAGCUCUGUAUGUGCUGACAAAGUGCAAUAACACAAGGUUCGAGUUCAUCUUCACCAACCUGAUUCCAGGCUCCCCCCGGCUUUUUACUACAGUAAUUUCAGUGCACAGGGCCUAUGAGACGUCCAAGCUUUAUCGAGACCUGAAGCUGCGAGGUCCUCUUAUUCAGAACAAGAAUCUCCGACUGUUGCCACAGGAACAGGUGUACGACAAAGUGGGCGGGGUCUGGAACCUCUCAAGUGACCAGGGUAACCUGGGCACAUUUUUCAUCACCAAUGUCCGCCUUGUUUGGCAUGCAAACAUCAAUGAAUCAUUCAAUGUUAGCAUCCCAUACCUACAGAUGAAAACCAUAAAGAUCCGGGACUCCAAGUUUGGGUUGGCCCUUGUAGUGGAGAGCUCUCAGCAGAGCGGAGGGUACGUACUGGGAUUCCGUAUCGACCCUGUAGAGAAGCUGCAGCAGGUGCAUAAGGAGAUACAGAGCCUUCACAAAGUGUACAGUGCCUGUCCAGUGUUCGGUGUAGAGUUUGAAGAAGAAGAAAGACCUCAAGGUUUAGACGAGUUGACAAUAGAACGAGUGCAAGACGAUGUGGAGAUAGAGACGGAGGGACAGUCUGAUGCCUUUGCUGCGUACUUUGCCGAUGGGAGCAAGGACAAGGACCGAGAUCCCGUGUUUUCCGAGGAACUGGGGCUGGCAAUCGAGAAACUCAAGGACGGCUUCACCCUCAAUGGUCUCUGGGACGUGUUGGCAUAGAAACGGAAUACCCUUGACAACCAUGCAUGUUUAUCAACUGACAUAGCAACCAUGCUUGCCUAGCAGCUUCCUUGAUGUAGCAACUCUGGUGUAGUAACCAUACUGGCUUAACAACUUAUUUGGAAUACUUUGACAGAACUUUGUGAAUGUUUGUGUUCUAUGGGAGUAUCGUCCAUAGUGUUUCUUUGAUAUGAUUCUUGCUGCGCUUAUUUUCUUGAAAUCAUCAGGGUCUUUAAUCACAAAGCUUUGUAGGGGCACUGAAGAUGCAAAACUUUUUAAAUAUUUAAUUCAACAUGUGAAAUAUUAUCAUGCAUUUUUGUAAGUUUGAAAUGUUUUAAACAAUUACAUUUUUUCUUUCAUGAUAAGUAUUUUGCCUGUUAAUAAACAAUAACAGUGA